AUGCAGCAGCAGCAGGCAUUACAAGUUUAUGCACAGCAGAACAAGGGCACUCUUGUUCCAGGUCAAACCAUCUCCGUUAACAAGUACACGGUCCAAGUUGAGCGGUAUCUCAGUCAAGGCGGAUUCUCUCAUGUGUAUCUUGUUAGGACUCCCACUCCCGUGUAUAACACGACGCAUCAUGUUCUCAAACGCAUCGGCGUUCCUAAUGAGGCCAUGCUUGCGGAGGUUAAGAAAGAAGUCGAUAUCAUGAGGAUACUGAAGGGGCACCCAAAUGUGGUGCAUCUGAUCGAUGCUGCGUGGCACAAAAUGGCAACCGGCAUGUAUGAAGUCUUCAUCCUCAUGGAGUUUUGUCCGGGUGGUGGAAUUAUUGACAUGAUGAAUAGACGUUUGCGCGAACGUCUCACAGAAGCAGAGAUCCUCCAGAUUUUUGUAGACGUCUGUGAAGGUGUUGCUGCCAUGCAUAACCUUCGCCCCGCCCUUCUUCAUCGUGAUCUGAAGGUGGAGAACAUUCUCCAGGCCUCCAAUAACGUCUUUAAGCUCUGUGACUUUGGCUCUGCUACACCAGUCGCGCCUCGACCACCAUCUACCACAGCUGAGGUUAGAGCUCUCGAGGCAGACUUGAACAGACACACCACACUACAGUACAGGGCGCCUGAAAUGGUCGACCCAUACCUUCGCCGUUCUGUUGACGAGAAAUCUGACGUUUGGGCACUUGGAGUGCUAUUGUACAAACUGUGUUAUUACACCACUCCUUUCGAAGAACAUGGACCCUUGGCAAUUUUGAACGUACAGUACCGCAUCCCGCCAUAUCCCGUUUACUCAUCGCAAAUGAACACACUGAUCGCCUCCAUGCUUCGUGAGCACGGCACACAGCGACCUACAGUAUUUGAACUUCUCGCUCAAGUGCACACCGUACGAGGUACCAAAUCGCGCUUCACCUACGACAUUCCCCCGCCCCCGCCCCUUUCCCCUCGAGCUUUACAGUUAUCAUCCACGAAUGCUCUUGACAACCUUGUGUCUUAUCGUCGAGCGCCAGGCACAGAUCCUGCUACUCAACAAGCCCCGCCAGCUCAGCCCCAGGACAUAAGUACAGGCGUUCAAGCGCGUGAUAGGGUGCUGGAGGCUAUCGCACCAAUGCGGCGUGGCCGGCCAUAUUAUUCGCAGCAACAGAGCGACACCAGUACUCCUUCAUCGACCUCCCGGCCUCCCAGUCCGCCGAAGCUGCCAAAAAGGCCUGAUGCCUCAUUUGGCGCAGAGGAGGACAAGGCAUGGAAAGAGAUGAAAAGCUCUCCCACUGUUCUCGCUGCUGCGGGCAUCAGGGCUCACAAAUCAGGUGGUGUAACUGCAAGUGUUUGGAAGCCUAAAGUAUCCGCGCCUCCUUUGGACGAUGCAUGGAGUGUUGAGACGCGUGCAUCAAAAGCGAUCUCGGAUGAUCCGCCAACACCAGGGGUCACUGCAUUUGGUGACAAUUUCGGAGAAAAGCUAUGGAGCGCCUUUGACGGUGCAAAGGCUGGAGGGACUACCGUUGUGACAGGAAUGGGGUCAUCCUCAAGUUCUGGGAAAGAGCGUAUUUCAAAGCUUGCUCCCCCGCCUGAGGGGUCGCGUAACACGAGACUUGUGGUUACGAAGAGUAAGGACGCGUUCGAUGGUCUAGGUUUCACACCACCUUCAGCAUCCACACCUACUCUGGGAGAGGCACGAAAGCUGAGGACUGGCCUUGUUGCAGCUAAUGGAAACAAUCGCGCUGUCAUCACUCCUAGUCCAUCUAUAUCCGUCGCGAAACCAUCACUAGCCCCGAUCAAACCAACGUCUUCGCCCCGUCCUCCAGCACAAUUGACGACUGCGAACGCUGCGUGGCGUUCUAGUCCAUCAAUGCAACCUCCUCCAUCCAUCCCUUCUUCGCUUCCAGAGAGGGGCGAAGUUUCUGCCGAGGCACGAUUUCCUUCAGUAGAAGAGCUUGAUGCAACGUUUGGUGGGUCGGCACCUCCUGUCGGCCAUCCAAGCUGGCAGCUCGAGUCAUCGGAGCAUCAUAAGGAGCGCGAAAAAGUAAUUGAUUUGUCCGAGCCUUUCUUUGCACCUUCCUCGUCGCUUCAGCCGACUUCUCAGCGUGCUGCUCCAAGCACUACUCUUGGUUCGCGCUCAGAGCAUGUCACCGGGGUGGCGAUGCGUGAUUCCGAGAAGGACAAAUUUCAGAGGUCCGUUGGACUGGGUAAUGGCAUUGGUGAAAACACGCCGUCUCCGAAGCCCGCAUCCUAUCGACCUAUCUCCCGCCCUUCGCUUUCGAGGAGACAUCGCAGCAGUAUUGCUGUCAAAGCCAUACCUCAGGCACAGCUCAUCGAUGACGUUGGUACUCAGGACCUUGCUACCCCAGCUCCAGUGUCACGCAAACCAAAAGACUGGUUGACAGGCGACAUUGAUGCCCUCAUCUCCCCAAUCAAGGACGGAUCUUUUGCUCAGGCUCAAGCUAGCAACCUCCCUCCGACGCCCGUUCUGCGCGAGUUUACGAACAAGCGAUCAUCAUUCAUCGAGGAGAACACAACAACUAUACAAUCACCACAGGAAGCUGUCACCGCUCAACAGCCUCCCCAUCGAGUGAAAACUCCUCCAUCGCCAUCCAAGACGCAUGCGCGAGGUACCAGUGUUAGAGAGCGGAAGCAAAGUGCCCCUGUGACACCAAAGAAACCUAGAGAGCUGCCAGUGGUUGCGCCCAAACCAGUAAUUGCUGCUCUUGCACUGAAGCCGGAUCUAGAGUCUCGUCAGGGAGUGACAUCGCAGCCAUCGAAGCGUCCCUCGCAGGAUGACUCAGAUAGGUGGAGAGCUAUCCCUAUCUCUGAGUCGCCGAAGCCAACUAAAAUUCAUGAUUCGUCAAGUGAUGGGGAAGAGGAGCCAGAGGAUGCUGUUGGGUGGGGGAAACUAGUUGAGAAGACAGGUUCAUCGCGAAGACGAAAGACGAGGGGCCGGCAAAGUUCCGUGCAUGACCUCGUUGAUCUAUGGGGAGGAGGUGUGGUACAGACGAAAGAGCGACCAAAGGAUUCCAUUCACAGUCCUGCCGUUGCUGCAUUCAGUGAUCCGACCAGGGAAAUUGGUGUAAAACUACAAAAGAGCAGAUCAAUUGCCGUUUCUUCAAUGGCUAGGCCGAGGCCUGUAUCGCCCCGAAUGCAGUCACAACCUUCAGAGCUCAAUGCCUCUCAGCGUCGUUCACCAAGCCGGUCUCCUAAGCGACCCUUACCUCAUACAAAGCAGGCAUCUGCUGCAAACACCCCCUCAUCUGGCAAUACCCCCGUCUCAUCCUUUCGCGCGAGGCCGCAGUCUAUGCUUGCCUUUCCGAUGUCAAAGUCUACUUCGGAUGGAAAGACGGACACACCAUCAAACCCUACGGGUCUAUCUGUUCCAGAAGACAACUCUCGCAAACACGGCGCUCGGCGGACCUCGAUAACAGACAUGGUCCAGCGCUUCGAAGCUAUCGGGGGCAAAGUCAGAGGCCCAGGCCCAGGCUCAGGUCCGCCUGUGAUGACUCCCAAAUCAACAGGUUUGAAGAUGCCAACCUCGUCUACUGGAAUUGGUCGUGCUGUAGACGUCACGGGCACAAGCCCAAGCUCCCCAUUAGUGUCGAGAUUCACAGCCUCCAGAGUCAUUACACCCGCUCCUGAGGAGUCGGGUCCCGGAGUUGACUCAGGGAAACCACGACCAUCUGCGAUAGAUUUAGCCAGGGCAGCCCUUGCCGGUCAGGACCAGAGCAAGGCAGACAUGAAUUUAAGAAAUUCUGUUGUAGGAUUACCCUCCGGGACACCCAGUCGAUUCACAUCUGGAUCAUCACGGACCGGCCCCUUGGACGGGCUUUCAGUAUCGCUACCAUUUUCCUCCCCAAAACCCUCCACACCUCUAGAAGAGCCGCGCUCGCCAUCGCCUGAUAAACCUUAUCAGGGAGUGGGGAAACUCAUUGACCAAUGGCAGCGUAAAACUGAGGUUGAUUCACCUCGAGCUCCUAUCCCUCGUAGAGGAGAUUUUACCCCCAAACGAGCUGGUCUCGUCUCCGGGGAAGUUGGCAAGGACAGCUAA